CUCACCGCCCGAACAUUGCCCCCCCUAUCACCGAAAGGCAUCAGGUCCCCUUACGCGUCUUCGUACGUGUCAGCCACUGCUUACGAUGUGAAUGACUUCCUUUCCACGUUGUUCUACCAAACUCUAUCCAUGAGUCUCUCUUUCUUGCGAUUUUCUUCAAUACCCCGUCACUCGUUGACUUCCUGCCGUUUUUUCUAUCUCUCAUUUCCUUCCUAGUGACGAUUAGGGUCUUGAUUAUUUCCCUCUUUCGCAUUUGUAACCACGCAACGACUACAUGACUACAUACAACGAUACACGACGAUAAAAUGCCAGAACACGAUGCUCUUAUUCUAUCAUUCUCACAUUUACCGGAUUUUCCGCGCGCCCCCGAUGCUCUCCAAACGCUGAAGAAGGUGGCCUCUUUGGUCAAGCCCAUCAUGCGAGUUAGGGGGUGGAAGGUGCGAGAGCUAGCUGAAUUCUACCCAGACCAAGCAAACCUCCUCGGUUUGAAUAUCAACAGAGGCCAAAGAAUCCUCGUCCGUUUACGUUACCCCAAUGACCGAUCACUCUUCCUACCUAUAGAGCACGUAGUUGAUACGAUGCUUCACGAACUUUCACACAUUGUAUUUGGACCACACGAUGGAAACUUCCACGCGCUAUGGAACCAACUUCGAGACGAACACGAGUCGCUCAUUCGAAAGGGAUAUACGGGUGAAGGAUUUUUAUCAGAUGGACAUCGCCUAGGAGGCGGCCGGAUACCUAUGCAUGAAGCUCGACGACUUGCUAGAGCAUCAGCUGAAAAACGCCGUACCCUGACAAAGGGGUCAGGCCAGCGUCUUGGUGGCUCUGGACCCAGCAUCGGUUCAGAUAUCCGGCGAACCAUCGUGGGCGCAAUAGAGCGCAGAAACACCACACUGCAGGGAUGUGGUAAUACGAACCACAAUGAUAGGGAAAUUCAACAAAUCUCCGAGACAGCUACGAAAAACGGCUUUCGUACGCAGGCCGAAGAAGACGCGGCUAAUGAAGCUGCAAUUGCGCAAGCUCUUUGGGAACUGGUACAAGAAGAAGAGCGCCAACGAUACGGCGGUUACUUUAUUCCGCCAACAGCGCAAAACCCUACUGGCAACGGUGGAGGAUCUGUCAUGGGAGAUAACGAAAACAGGAGCAGUAGUGUUCCUCCGCCGAUCCCAGGGCCAGGAACGAGACCUCCAUCGGUACCAAGGCUCCCAAGGCCAGAGACUCGGCCACCAGUUGUGUCUGCACCGGUGCCCCAACCAGCUCCGCAACGGGGCUGGACAUGCGGAGUCUGUACCCUCCAUAAUCCUUCAAGCUUUUUGUGCUGCGAUGCGUGCGGCACAGAACGAGGUCAGGAUCCUCAGCGUCAAGUGUGGACACCAAAUGCUGAAAAGCGCGAACGCGAACGCGAACGCCAACGGGCAUCAAUGGCCGCAACGGCGAAGAGCACGACACAGCCUGCCACUAUCGAUCUCACGAGUAGUCCGCCCAGAGCCAGUAGCAGUAAGAAGCCUGGUAGCAGCAAUCAACGCCCCGAGCCAGUGAAGCCUCUAACCUGGCAAUGUUCGUACUGUGGAACGAUGAUGGAAAGGCAGUGGUGGACGUGUUCGACGUGUGGAGUGAUGAAAGACAAUUCAAUCUGAGCGAGCGGGGAAGAGGCGAAUUACAUGGAUGAACUCCGGCGGCGAAGGAACGAGGAGG